CUUUCCUCCAAACUUUCUUGGUCUCUCCUUCGUCACGGUUUAUUAUCGACUAGGAUGCGUUUGAAUCUCAUCCUUACCUCGGCUCUUUCACUGGCUGGCCUAGCGCUCUCAACUCAGGUGGUCCUCGACCAGAAUGCCCAGACUGAAGCGAAAGCUGCUCCUGAGACUGCCAUUCCUACGGACCCGGUUCUGGUGACUGCCUCCUUUCCGGAGACCAACGCCUUCGGCCACAUCGUCAACGGCGAGAAGAACACAAUCAAUCUUGCUGUAGAGAACAAGUCGGGCAAGAAUGUGACCCUACUCAGUGUCGGCGGUGCCUUCCUCAACGCACAGACCGAGACGCUUGUCAAAAAUCUCACGGCUAUGACCUUCAAGGUCCCGUUGAUAGACUCGGUCCGGCUGCAGGUUCCCUACGUUUUUUACAGCGAGUUCAAGCCUGGCGAUAUCCGUCUUACCAUCUGGCUGGACCACACCCUCGGUAACGAGACCAUCCGGGUGGACGCGUUUGACUCGAUUGUCACCGUGGUCGAGCCUGACGUCUCUCUCUUUGAUUUCAAAAUGAUUACCACCUAUCUUAUGACUGCGGCACUUCUCGGUGGCUUGGGCUACGUUGCCUAUCUCUCCUUCGGCCCCAAACCUACCCGCAAGAGCAAGAAACGGAGUGUUCCUGAAGUCAGCGCUCCGGUUGGCACCGUCACGGCUACUGGCGCUGGCGGCUACCAAGAGGAAUGGAUUCCCGAGCAUCACAAGCGCAAGCCCAAAACUGCUCGCAGCAAAAGUGGCACGUUGACCAGCGGCGACGAGUUUUCGGAACUGAGCGCUGGUGAGCUGAGCGAGUCUGCAAAGAAGGUCAAGGGCAAGGGCAGGAAGUAA